AUGCUUCCAGGCAGCCUCCCAAUCACCUCAAUCAACGACUUCCCCGGCGCAGCCACCGGCGACAAGCUCAGGAAAUUCUUCGCAUCCCUCCACGAGAAGAAUUCCGAACCACGCAGCAGCGCAAGGAGCACCACGCCACAGAAGAACACCCCAGCCUCAUCGAAUGACAACACACCAGCAUCCUCGAGAGCUGCCUCUGUGACGGCUCAGCAGUCCAGCCGGUCGUCGAGUGUUGUGAGCAGGGCUGUGGCGAAGGGGUAUUAUGCUUUCUAG